AUGGGACGAAAGAAACGUGUUAUUACUUUGAGGAAGUCAUUAUUAGUCCACACUAAAUGUAUUGCUUUGGAAAAGAUCAACCGUAAAUUCAUUGAUACCUCAUCUAAAUUUGGUUAUGGUAGAUUCCAGAUAGCUACCGAUAAAGCUGCAUUCAUCUAUCCACUUAAAAAAGAUAGAGUUAAGGAAGAAGAGAAGGCUGCUGCUCUUGCUGCAACUGUAUCUAGUUAA